ACGUCUUCCUCUCAUGGAUUCUCUCCCUCUGGCUGCUGAUUUUCAUCCCUCUUUUCUUGGCUUCAAAAAGUUGGGGUUUUGAUGAUAAUGUGGGUUUAGUCCUAUUGCCAUGGAUUCAUCUUUUGAUGGUACCUUUCCCCCCUUCUCUGUUUGGGUUUUACGAGUGAUACAUAAUCUGGGUUUCAGUGAUCGUUUGUUGGUCAGCUGUUAUUGCCAUGGAUUCCUCUUUUGAAGGUGUUGCACUCGAUCCGUCAAAAUGUGGUAAAUUGAGCAUGGAUGAAAAGAGAGAGCUCGUAAAUGAGUUAUCGAAGAGGACAGGUAGAGCCUCUGCAAUGCUACAAUCGUGGAGCCGUCAGGAGAUUUUACAGGUCCUUUGUGCCGAGAUGGGGAAGGAAACGAAAUAUACUGGUUUGACUAAGCUGAAAAUGAUCGAAAACCUUUUGAAAAUUGUAGCUGAAAAGAAUUCAGGGGUUCAAGAAGGUGUAACAGAUCCCGAAUCGCAUUCGUACCCAACAGGUGGUCAGAGAACAGCCAAAAGGCAGAGGAAAGCUGAUUAUCCUUCCCGACUGCCCAUUCCUGUGAAUGAUCCCGGUAUUGGUAAUGGUGGCAAUGACAAGAUCAAUGCUGUUUAUUGCAAAAACUCGGCUUGCAAAGCUACAUUGAGACAAGAUGAUGCAUUUUGCAAAAGGUGUUCCUGCUGCAUCUGUUACAAGUUCGAUGACAACAAGGAUCCUAGUCUAUGGUUAAUUUGCAGCUCGGAACCUCCUUUCCCAGGAAAUUCUUGUGGCAUGUCAUGUCAUCUCGAGUGCGCAUUAAAACACGAAAAGUCCGGCAUUGGAAAAGAUAAACGGCAUGCUGUUCCUGAUGGGAGCUAUUAUUGUGUAGCGUGCGGGAAAGUAAAUGAUUUACUCGGGUGCUGGAGAAAACAAAUGAUGGCUGCAAAAGAUACGAGGAGGGUGGACAUUCUUUGUUAUCGUGUCUCUUUAGGUCAGAAACUUCUAAAUAGCACUGAAAAAUACCGUAAGCUUUCAGAGAUUGUUGAUGAAGCCGUUAAGAAGCUUGAAGCUGAGGUCAGUCCGUUACCUGGUUUGCCGGUGAAGAUAGGUAGGGGUAUCGUCAACAGGCUAUCUUCAGGACCCGAAGUUCAGAAACUCUGUUCUUCUGCAGUGGAAUUUAUGGACAAAAUGCUUUUCGAUACUAUAUCACAUUCUUCACCAAAUCAUUCAGUACCAGCAAGUUCAUGUUCGAUUUCUCCAGCAAUUGUACGCUUUGAAGAAGUAAGUCCAACUUCCGUUACUGUGAUUGUGGAUUCUGAAGAACCUUUACGGAGCAGUAUUAUCGCUUACCGUUUAUGGCAUCGGAAGGCGUGCGACCAGGAUUACCCUGGUGAAUCAACUUGUACCAUGUUUGUUCCGAACACAAGGUUUGUUGUCACGGGGUUGACUCCGGCUACGGAAUAUCUUGUCAAACUUGUGUCGUUUAAUGGUACGAGAGAGUUCGGUCCAUGGGAAGUUCUGCUUUCGACAAGCUGUUGUGGGAAUGAAGUCCCAAGCUGCUCAAUGGUGGAAAGAAGUCAAAGCCCAGCAACCAAUUGUAGCAGCCUUUCGAAUCCGUCUUCAGUGGAGGAUGAAACUAAUAACAUUACUCCGUACAUCGAUCAAAAUGAUGACCGGGCAGACACUUACGUUAUAUAG